ACAUUUGGGUCACGAGAAUAUUCGUGCAAUGCGGAAAUACCUGGCCACGCUGUGUCCAUUUCUGUAAACAAACAGCGCAUGGACGCGAGUCAGUGAGUGAAAAUAUCUAUUGCGAAUUCGUUAUUCCUCGUUGAAACAUUUCACGGGUUCAGUAACUAUAGAUACGUUUCUGUAAUCGACGAUGGCAGCCGAAAAGAGUGACAAGAUAGGGGAGAAGAAUGUCUUCCUGUCACCUGAAUGUCCAGUAGAGAAGGUAACAGUGUAUUCCGACAGGGCGGAAGUGUGUCGUCAAAUCCACACCAGUGUCGUCAAAGGUGUCAAUGAGAUUGUCCUCAAACAACUGCCAGCGAGCAUCGACUCGGAUUCUAUCAGAGUCGAAGGGACAGGCCAGGCAACGAUAGCCGAGGUGACAUUCCAGAGGAAGCAUACUACACCAGAUGAGGCCGACAUUUCCAGCAAGGAGAAGGAGCUGGAGACGCAGAUUGCCGACUUGAAGAAGGAGAAAGAUCAAAUUGAAGCAAGGCAGAAUGUUAUGAACAAACAAUGGAAACUGCUGGAAAACUUUGGGAACACUGUGUCCAAGUCCACAAAAAACAAGAGCACCAACCUGGACACAGCCUACUUCCAAGGCGUGACAGACUUCCUCCAGAUGUACAAGGACCAAGGCAGCAAACUGGAGACCACCAGGUUGGAGCUGGCAGAACAGAUUGCCAAACUGGAUAAAAAGAUCGUAGCCGCCACCAACAACCUUUCAGAACUGAGAGCCAACAGAGGUCAUCAAACAGAGUCAAGAGAAUGCACCAUUGUGCUGGAGAGUGAGGGUGGACACAAGGUGUCCCUACUGGUGUCUUAUGUGGUAUCUCAGGCAUCCUGGACACCCAGCUAUGACCUACGCAUGUUCACUGCUGAAGGUGUGCUUAAGAUCAUGUACUACGGACAGAUAACUCAGACAACUGGCGAGGACUGGACAGAUGCUAAGUUGUUCCUAUCAACUGCCAGUCCAAGUGUCGGAGGCUCGGUACCACUAUUGGGCACUGCCGUGCUCAAUAUCGCGAGGGGGUACAGAUAUGGCAGAAGGUCUUUCCGAAUGAAGUCACGAGGAAGAACUUUGAAUUCAGCUCCAGAGGGUAACUUGCAUCUGCAAUCGGAAGGACUUAUAAGGGAAUCGAUGGAAUCAGCGGAUUGUUAUACUCCAAUGCUGUAUGUUGAAACAAAGGUGACAGAAUCUACCACCAGCACAUCCUACGAAAUUGCUCGUCAGUCCUCGAUUCCGAGUGACAACCUGCCACACAAGGUGUCUGUGGGAAUAUUUGAUGUGAAGCCCAACCUGGAAUACAUCACUCUCCCUAAGGUGGAACCAAGGGCAUAUCUCCAGGCCAAGGUCACCAACAACUCAGUGUUUACGCUGUUACCAGGUGAAACCAGCAUAUUCCUGGAUAACAGCUUUGUUGCUAAGGCUGAGAUCAAGUUGGUGUCCCCUGGGGAGGAGUUCUUGUGUUCUCUGGGUGUCGAUCCUGCGGUCAAGGUCACAUAUAAACCACUGAAGAAGUUCACGGCCUCCUCAGGCCUCAUUAGCAAGACCACCAACACAACCUACGAGCAAGUGGUCGAGAUCAAGAACACUCAUGAAUAUUCUAUCAAUAUUGUCCUGAAACUUCAGCUCCCCCGUAGUAGUGAUGACAAAAUCAAGGUGACUCUGUUGGAACCCAGUCUUGAUCUGAAACACCCAGAGAAGAAUACCAACCCACAGAUCACCAAACAGAACCAUAUUGUAUGGAAACUGGACCUUGCCAAACAGGUGACAAGGGAGAUAACUCUCAAAUACACUGUAGACCACCCACCACAAAAUGAGACAAAAUUGACUGAAGCAUUUGAGAAUGAAUAAGAUGACCUAUGAUGAACCUGAAAAUUUGAAUGUGUAGGUAGUGAAUUAUAUUGCUUACAUGUAAACAGGUUGACUUCAUGACAGUAAUAUUAAUUUGUAGAUGAUUACGUCCUCGAAAUGGGAAAACUUCACGUUCAAAUUGGAUUCCAGAUAAGUUUGAAUGUAAUUAUUCGAAUUCUGCUUUUAUUACGACCUGUCAGUAAAUUAUCCCCUGAUUAUACAGAGAUAAUGUCAAACACAUGUUGGUCCUAAUAUGAUGAAUUGAGGACUCGCACCCUCCACCAAAAUUGUGGGGCAAAAUUCCCCUUGAGACAUACCAUAAACACAUGAAAAAAUGCUAUCAAGUGCCUCUAAAUUCUCUAUGUUCAAAUUUAACAUGUGUUACAUUUGACCGCUUUCUAUGUAGCAUUGUGUAUGCUAUUCAUAUAUUGAAAUUAUUAUGACAAUGACUGAAACAUUUCUAACAAAAGGCUGUUAUAAACCAAAACUUGCAAAUAUUUCUGUGAAGGUCAUCAAAUAUAAUUUAGUUAGAAUGCAUAUGGCUGUCCACAUAUAUGAUGCUGCUAUUUGAUACAUAUUCUAUAUUUGGAUUUUUAUUAAUGUAAUGUGCCUUGCUUUUGCCAUCUGCCUCAAAUCAGACCUGUGAUCUCUAAGAUUUGAUUUCUAUGUGACUACUGCGAAUGUCAAAAACAUUAACCAACUGACUUUUCACAAUGUGUACAGUAAAUAUGUGAUGUGGUGUACUGUAGAUGAUUACAUCGAAGGAUGCAACUCUUGUUUUGUUUACACCUGUACAAUUAUAGUGUAAUAUGAAUAAUUACUGACCAAAUGUAAGAAUUCAUGAUGGAACGUUCUGUGUCUAAAAUAUGAAAUAAGUCCCAGCAUAACUGGAAUAACAAAUUGUGGUAUUAAUAAGUCAAUAAGGACCGAUUUAUAGAUUGUUUCAGUUACUCCAAGACCCAAGGUGUCUGGUCUUAAGGUGUGUGGAUUACAAGGGUUUCAUUGUACAUGUUUUGUAUUGUUGUCUGACUAAGAUAUCGAGUAUUUAAGACACACUGAAUGCCACAUGUAUGAUAAGAAGAUUAUGUCACAAAUUUUGUUGACCUUGUUUCACAAAAUCUCUGAAACAUAUCCCUGGUUGUUGUUUACAGGUCAAUCAGACAUAUAGUUUUACGUACAACACCUUUAUAUGUCAUCUGGCUUAAUACUCAUCACUAGCUUAUACUGUAUGCCAUUCACACCCUAAUCAUAGUAAAAAGUAUUGAGAAUAUAUUUUUAACUUUCAGUUUGUGCAUUUGAGAAAGACUGACAUUGUAUUUGUUAUAUAUUUCAAUAAAUAUAUUGUGGAUCUGGUGCUACCACCAAGA